CAAUUUAGUGCUAUUGGUAACCCGAAUAUUUUGUUCCUCCAUAUUUUGCGAAAAAUCGAAAGAUUUUCCAAUAAUUUAUUAUUGUGGGCUUCUUUCUUAAAUCACUUACGAAAAAUUCUGUUUAUAAAUAUGUCGAGUGGCGGUGGCAUUUCAGAUUCAUCGACUGGUGGCGGUGGUGAUUGGAUAUGUAGCGAUGUAACCUGCCGUCAUUUGAAUUUUGCCCGUCGCACGCAAUGCAAUAAAUGCCAUCGUGCUCGAAGCAGCGAACGCACACUCGCAAAGUCUGGCGGUUUAACGAAGAAAAAAUUGGGCACUGAAAUUGGAAAGGCAGCAGCCGAAAAGUCGCGAGGUUUGUUUAGCGCAGAAGAUUGGCAAUGCAGCAAAUGUGCCAACGUUAAUUGGGCUAGACGACAAACCUGCAAUAUGUGUAAUGCUCCCAGAUUUUGCGACGUUGAAGAACGUACCGGUUAUGGUGGUGGCUAUAACGAUCGCGGCGUUGUUGAGUAUAAAGAACGGGAAGAGUCUGAUAGUGAAUAUGAUGAAUUUGGCCGUUUAAAAAAACGGAAGAAAAUUUCUGAGCACAGUUCAGAAAUAAAUAAAAAGAGGCUUGACCUGAAGAAAGGAUCGCAGAAAGAAAUUGACGAGGAGGAUGACGAAGAAGAGGGAGACGAUGAAGAUCUAGCCAAAUAUGAUUUGUUUGGUGACGAAGAGGAUAACCUUAGCAAUGGCUUGGGGAGUGCAAAGCAAGCAGCCGACGUCAGUAAAAAACUGGACAGAAAAGACAGAAGUCCCGUACCCAAACGAUCCCAUUCAGAAUCAUCAUCCAGUUCCGAUUCGCGUAAUCAGAGCAGUCGCUCGUCGUCCGUGUCCUCGUCUUCUUCUACAACUACGUCGUCUAGCUCUUAUCGAUCACGCUCAAAUUCACGAACUCGCAAAAGUUCUAAGUCACGUAGUCGUAGCCGUCAAAGAACAGUAAAACGGCGCUCUUUGUCUUCUGAAAAUAAAACAAGGUCUGCUAAUCGGCUUAAGUCUACUUCAAGUCAACGACGGUGUACAAAUUCGUCGAAAUCACGCUCGAGAUCUCGCAGUUCUUCACGUUCAACAACACGCUCCUCCACACGUUCCCAUCAUGGAAGCUUUAAAAAUGAGAAAAAUCGUCGUAGCAGGAGCCGUCAUUCAAAAAAUCAUCCACCUCACCGCGAACGUUCACGUUCUACCUCACUUCGUCGAAGACGCUGAAUGUCGUUACAAUUUUCUUUAAAUUCCGUUAGGCCAUAACAAAUAUUGCAUUAACCAAUUCCAAAUGCCCACUUCUAAUUUUAAUAACGCAAAA